AUGCAUGGUGCCUGCUACAGCAAUACCAAUAGCAAAAAUAAUAAAAAGUUCAAAGCAAUUGACUUGCAGAAGCUCAUUCAAGACUCCCCCAAAGAAUUUGAUACCAAAGAUUCUCCCGCUUCACUUCCGAGGCCUUUAACGUUUGCCCAACUGUCUAAUUUGAGCUCAGGAGUAAAGGAAUCGGGCAUACCUCUAUUUUUUCUUCUUCGGGGUCAAGAAUCGCCGGGAAGGAGGUGGCAAAGUAGCUGCGGCCUGCGAGACCUGAGUCGGAGGAGGCGAAGGGAGGUGGAGAAGGCUGAAUCGAAAUGGAAGCUGAAGGCCGGAGCUGUAAGAAUGAAGGUUUCAAUCAAGACCGACCUAAUGAUCCUUCGUGCCUUCCAUUUAUAA